AUGCCAGAAGACGGAGAACGCGAGGCUGACUUCCAACUCUCCCUAGAGAAGGUCCAUUCUGCUGCCACAACUCUCAAAAUUCUAGAAGAUCUGUGCUUUUCUGAUAAAGAAUUCAUAAUUCUCAACGGACUGACCUCCCGUCUCUGUCGGUCCCUAUGCAAUCUCCUCGACCGAAGCUAUCCCAAAAUCAGAAAAGACCUCUCUCUCACAGAGGGGAUCCUGACUCUGAAAAUACCAACCACAGUACAUGAAGUUUUCUACUCGUGGCUAAUAGAUUGCAAGGGAGACUGGUUAGCUUCGGGACUCACAAUACCGAUUGAAGAUCUCGAUCUUCAAUUCAUGGGAAGCCCCCGUAUUUCUUUGCCGAAUCCUGUCCCUAGAGACGGAGCACCACCAGUUCAAUGGAUUACUAAAGAACCGGACGGGUGCAUUUUCACCAAAUGGAUUCCAAGCGUGGGACCCGAUCCUAAGGGGAAUCAUAUCAGACUUCCAAACAUUAUCAUUGAGACUGGGUGGAGCCAGACAUAUGCAAGCCUUAUCGAGAAGGCGAGCGACUUCUUGAUCGGUGGGGCACCAACACUCUCUCUCUCGCCAUGGUGCUGA